UAUCUACAGUUAUUAUUCGACCGUCAUCUUUCUUGCGACAGAUAAACCCCUCUACGUAAGAAAAAAGGAAAAAGAAUAAAAUUCAGUUAUGUUUUAGAUGAUUAUGGAAUCUGCAUAACGUAGCCUUAGCGACCAUGCUUUCUAUAGCUUAAGCAUCCAUUCAUCUCUGCCAACCGAGGAUAUCCGCGCCUUUCAACAUUAUCCUCCAAGUUAUCCCGUUAUCCCGUCAUCCCGUUAUCCCGUAGUGCCGAUCCGGAAUCUGUUUUUCGAGCCGGCAAGACGAAAUGGUGGCACUACCACUAUUCAAACUAGCCUCUCUAUUCUUGAGACAUGUUUCGAAGUAUGGCGCUAACCAAAUCAAAGUACAAGCUCACGACCAUCCGCGCUUCCGAACCUUCGCUGCUAAGUAUGGCCAACAUAUUCACCAGUUGAACAUGCGCCUGUCGGUUGCGCUUAUAAGAAAUGUGGAUGCCGAGAUCAGGGCAAAAGAGAAAGCCGAGGCACCCACUGUGAAGACAAAGGAGCAGAUAGAGAGGGAGGCAGAGGUCCGAGCUAAGCAUGGAAUCACGAACCAGGAAAGCCGGUCCAGGAAGCCCCUGCCCAUAAUAAGUGUAUGGAAAAGAAAGUUUAGGCCUCUCCCGGAAGCCAAGGCCGUUGAUCUAUUCGCAGACGUGAUUGGCGAUGCCUUCAUCCUUCUUGUGGCGACUGUCUUGAUAUUGUAUGAAUACCAUAGAUCAUCACAGAAGCCAGACACCAACCUCGAGAAGAUCAAGGAACUCAAUGCACGCUUUGAUGAGCUUGAUAGAAGGGAGAAGGAGCUCGAGGAGGCCGAGAAACGUCAGCUUAGUCGGGUAAUGAUGCUUGAAGACGCUCUCCGGGGGGUCAAGGACCCAAAGACUCAGAAGCCACUAUUAUCUCCGACACCCACGACAUCACCUCCAGCCUAGCUGUAGUCAAUCAGCUUUACCUACCUAUAUAUAAGCACAUGUGUGCAAAAAUGCGGCGUCUAUAGAGUUCAUCUAGGAGGCGGAGUAUUGUAACGAAGGAUUCUGCGAUACUCAAAUUCUGCAUAGUCGAAGCCAUCUCCAUUAUGUCCAGAUAGUAUGGGUACUUACUUCAGCCAGGAACCAACCAUUUGUAUAUAAACAGGUAUAUAAAUUCUAUUUGGUUCCUAGAUGAGGUUAUAACUCACGCGAUUGCUUAUAUAGACAAGCUCUCUAUGCAUAUGCAGAGGCAAUGAUUCAGGGGUACUUCAUAGAUUAGAUCUCCUAUCAAACAUCAACUUACCAACUGUAAGAAGGAGCUUACGGGGGUGAUACUCAUGUUCAACACUAGAUUUACCUAUAGACGGAAAGAACAAAGGACUCGCCUCAAGGUAAUACCUAAGUAACCACUACGCAGAGCUUCUGUCAUUACUGGAUACCUAGUUAACCUAAGGUAUUCGCCAAUCUCGG